AAUAAGGGAUUAUGCAGGGAAUCAGGAAGGACAGACCGCAGCAUCGGCAGCAAAAACCAAAAGCUUUUAUCAGCAGAAAUCUGUUGGGUAUAUAAAAUCGUGGGCAGUCGUUGGCAAAUUCAACAGUUUUACAGUUGCCGCAAACACGGCAAGGUAAACGCAUCAAAAAUCAACAUAAACAGUUUCAGCCGAAAUUACAUCGCAAACCAACAAUGAAGCUGCUGUCGUUAUUCUUUCUGGCUUGCAUUGCCUUAACUGCCGCCAAAGUGGUACCCGCUUCAAAUAGCAACAAUUUAAGCAUUGAUCAGCAUGGGAAAAGGGUUUACGCCGAUGAAGUCGAGGAUAAAUGUGACUAUUUUUGUGCCGAAAAGGAUCCUUCUGUAUGCGCCACCAACGGACAAUGCCUUCUGAAGUUUGAGAGCCGCUGUGCCAUGACAGCCUACAACUGCCGCAAUCCCCAGAAAAUGUUCAAGACGGUGGAAGAUCAUCGGUGCAUGCAGGAUUGGCAGCCGCUUUGCAUGGAGUCAGAUCUCAGGGAAUUCGGCUUGUGAAGUGGGUUCCGGUUGAUAGGUUGUGAAAGAAAAUUUAAAUAAAACUCCUUUAAACGAGAUGAACUUUAUUCUUGUUACAUGUUUGG